AUGCCGAAGAGUUGUGCAGCCGUCGGAUGUAGCAAUCGUGCCGAUCCUGAAACGGCUGUGAAGUUUUACAAGUUUCCUGUAGCGGACGAGCGGCGCAAACUAUGGGUUGCGGCUAUGAGACGAGAGAAUUGGAAGCCAACUGACAGUAGCAGGAUCUGUUCAGACCAUUUCGUAGGCGCAGAGAAGAGCAACGAUCCACUAUCUCCUGCUUACGUUCCGAAACUUUUUGAACAUGUCAGGACUCCUGUAAAGCGUAAAGCGGAGAGGGAUUUGGUGGCAUAUGAACGCCGAGCGAAGCGGAAGCUGACGUUCGAGGAGAGCAAGACGCAGACACCAGUGAAAGUGGACGCCUCCGGGAAUGACUUCACAGAGGCAAUAGCAGAUUUGCCUGGUGCCUAUGGUGCAGAGGUAGAGUCUGAUCCUGUAGCAGUCUCCAGUGUCUCAUCGCAGACUGACAUGGAUAUGGAUGGAGCACUUGAUGCGGCUGGAAGAGACAAACAACUGUUUGGUCCUGGAAAGCAAACGGAUGCCACACGCUCCAGGACAAGGUGA